GAUCGAGCUCGAAAACACGGAAUGGACGAGUUUAUUCAGUCUGACCCUUGCAAGUUUAGCCAUAAUCAAAUGUUUACCCUGCUGCAGAGCGAGUCACUGGCGUACCGACUGGGUGAUCAGUACACCUCAUUUGGGUGGUUCAGCUCGGGAAUAAUGUUUGUGCUGGAGGAGUACAGCUGGCGAUAUGGUGUGAGAACUUGCCUGCGGUAUCUCUCUUACCUCAAUGAUUUACUUGACUUUGCGGAGAAGGGCACUCUUAUUGAUCCCUUUCUCAUUCUCUGCAUCUUCAACUUUUGCUCUGCCUGUGUUCAUGGAAGCAACCCUGAUGGACAUGGCACUGUGACUGUGGAGGAAAAGGAAAUGUUCAUGGUGAUCAAGGAAAGAUUACGGACCCUGCUGGAGUAUCAAGUAACCAACUUUCGCUACUGCUUUCCAUUUGGACGACCUGAAAAAUCACUGAAGGAUACUUUAUCACUACUGGAGCGUGUUCUAAUGAAAGAUAACAUGACUCCGGCCACACAGGAAGAAGUGAGAGCAUUUAUGAAGAAGUGUCUAGAAAGUGCUGCCUAUGUAAACUACAGCAAAAUCUCUAAAUCAGCUCGAAUUGAAGAAAUUGCACAAGACAUCGACAUGAAGCCUAUUGAGAAGCUGGACAAGUUGACACACCUUGCAGAAAUGUGCGUCGACCUGAUACAGGAGAACAAUGAACACUACGGCGAGGCAUUCGCUUGGUUUUCUGAACUGAUGGUAGAACAUUGCGAGACUUUUUGGACGCUUUUUGCAGUGGACAUGGACACUAUUCUCUCUGAACAGUUACCCGACACUUGGGAGAGCUUUCCCCUCUUUCAAGUACUAAACAACUACCUCCGCAUGGACGAAAACCUUUACGGAGGUCGCUUUCAUACGCAUCUACGGGACACAUUUGCACCUCAGGUGAUUCGUUAUGUCGAUUUGAUGGAAUCAACCAUUGCGCAAUCACUGCACAAACACUUUGAAAAGGAAAAAUGGGACACUAAAGGUCCUGGUGGCUGUGCUACUUCAGUCAACUUGUUCUGGCAGCUUAACACCUUGCAGAACUUUAUCCAUGAUCUUUUCUGGCCCGAUGAAGUUUUCGCCAACCACCUUGAGCAGCGACUCAAGUUGAUGGCCUGUGACAUGAUCGAAGCAUGUGUCAGCUAUACGUUAGCAGGUUUUCAGCAGUGGGAACGAAAAGGAAAUAGAUGGACGGCCAGUACUGACUACAUCAUUCCAUCGGAAAUGUGUUGUAUGAUCAAUGUGCUCAUCGAAGCAAAGAACCAGUCUCUUUUGCUUUGCACAUUUAACGGUCACGAUACUAACCAAUAUCACGCAAAGAUUGACAACCUGGUCGACAACAGUUUGAAUAUGAUGCAAAAGUGUCUCAUUACCAAGUUGAUUGCUAUUCUGGAAAGCUGCAUAGGAAAACUGUCUCGAUACGAUGAAGGAAGCAUUUUGGCGCCAAUUCUUUCGCUAACGUACAAUAAAGGAAUGUCCAGCACAGGAAAAGACGUAGGCAAGUCUUACAUUAACUUUCUACGAAACUCUGCUGAACAACUGCGACAGAAAGUGAGCGACGAGCUAUGGGUGCUUCGGUUCUUUGAGUCCUGGUACGAAUCCCAAAUUCAAGUGAUCUAUCAAUGGCUCAACGAGCGAAUGGAGCACUGUCUGCAUCUGUUUCAGCUGUCAGCCGUCUCCCUCAUAGUCAAAAAAAUGUACAGUGACUUUGAGAUGCAAGGCAUUGAAGAGGACAAGCUCAACUCUGAUAUAUAUCAGGCGAUAAUGGAUCGAAUUAAAAUGGAGGAAGCAGCAGCUUCAGUUUCCAAUGGAUUACAGCGAGAAAGCGAUGACAUAGAGUACGUUGUACAAGCAAAUGUCUGCUUUUCCGGUUAUAAUAACGUGAACAUCAACUCUGGAGAUGAUCCUCUAAAUGGAGAUGCAAGUGGAAUACGUGGAUCUGUUAAAAAGUUGUUUGAUGACUUGAAAAAGUCUUCCAACGCGAAACAGCUUACCGUUGGAGCCGUUAGUGGGUUUGCAACUGGCUACUUGGCUGCCAAGUUUGGAAAAAUUGUCGCUACCGCUAUUGGCGGUAGUUUGCUUCUCAUUCAGAUCGCCAAGUACAACGGGUACAUUGACAUCGACUGGAAAAAGUUUAACGAUGAUGUCAAGGUUGCGAAGGCUAAAAUUGACAAAAACAAAUCCAAAGUCCCGCAACUCGUUGAAAACGUUAGCCAAUUCGCAAGUGAAAACGUCGUGCUUGCCGGUGGUUUUGCGUCUGGCCUCUUACUAGGCUUUGCAACAGCUUAA